AUGAAUCAACCAGAACAUGAUGAUGCUGAAAUAGAUGAAGGAAGAGAUGCACUAGUAAAUAAUGUCAUCCAGCUUCAGUCUCAAUUACGUGGACUGAUCGCAAGAGUAGACUCGGCCAAGAAUGAACAUCAUUCUCUAUUGACCGAGAAUCAAAUGUUACAAAAGUAUAUCAACAAUUCCUUGACCUCGACAGCUGUAUUUGGUGCGACUGGUGGGGCUGUCAAUCCAGCCAUGGCACAAAGCAAAUCUGGGCCAGAACCACCUCGUUAA